AUUAUUUAAACAGUCAAACAACAUUUAUACGAAAUUAAUGAUUGUAUAAAUGUUUCGUAUGCCCAAUUUAAUAUUGGAAUAUUUUUAUUCCAAUGCUGCUAUAGAUUAAGUGAAAAAUUAUAACAUGUUUAAGGUAGUGAAGUCAGUAGUUGUAAGCGUUAAUCUUCUAGAAUUCUAGAUCGCUUAAACUCUAGAUAAAGUCAUAAUUAUUACUGUAGUCUUUAGUCAUUCUAUUAUAUAGGGUAGGAACUUGAUUAUAGCUCAGGAUUAUAGUAAUAAUAUAAAGUAAUGGUUUAAUUUAGACUGUUUUUUUAUCUCCUCAUCGCACUCUCAUUUCCGCAAACAGCAAUUGAUACUGCGAAAAAACCAAAAGACCUAGUAAGUUUGAUUCUCCAGAAUCAUGUCAAAAAACAUCGAUUUUGGUUCUUCACAACCUCAAUACCUACACACUUUUUUAAAACCAGAACUGGCUGUUAAAAACGAAUAAAAAAUAAACGAAAAUAGUCUCUGGGUGAAACGCCGUUGUCACAGCAACACAAUACGACAAAUAAACAGUAAGGUGUCUUGUCAAGGCACAUUGCUGGAAAAUAUUUUCUAUCGUAAAAAAAUACUUCAUCAUGUCUUAUCGGGAUUUGAGGAGUAAGUAAAGCAUUACAUAUAGGUAGGUAGCACCCUUAUGACCUUAUGUAGUAACGCAAGAGCACAAUAAAGAACUUCGCGGAAUGAGUAUAUUAUGUAGGGCGUAGAGGGACUUCAUCCAUACAUAAACAAAUACCUUUCUUAGUGGGAUCAACAUAUAUUUUGUCAGAUUUCAGCGAAGCAAUGCGAACCCUAGGCUUUCCGAAGCCGAUAUCUCUGGAGAGCUUCAGGACCCCGAACUGGGAGCUGCUGGAGGAGUGCCUGCGCUGGCUGGCAGCGCGCGUGGAGCCGGAUGCCGAGCUCGGCGGCGGCAGGCACUCGGUGGAGCAGCGGGUGGCGCUCGUCACACAUGCUAUUGCGCUGUUUCACUCUCGCGCCAACAUAAAGCUGAACGGCAAGCGCGUGUACGGCGCGGACGGGUGGGCGGUGCGCGAGAUGAUGAAGGUGGCGACACUGCUGCGCGCGGCGCUGGAGUCGCCCGGCACGGAGGAACCGCUGCACGACACUGCGCCGCUUAGUUAUGACGUCACUAGCAGGCUGGGAGAGAUCAAGCAGGCGCGAGCUUUGGCAACUGAUAUCACUGCACAAGGAGCCUUCCUAUACGAUUUGUUGGCUAAAGAACCUGAGAACAAGGAGCACCGCGAACAAGCCCUCUCCCGUGCACUGGACAUGUCAGCCAUGGAAGCGAGUCUCCGACGAGCACUAGACGCGGUCACCGGCCAGCUAACUGCAGGACGGGAGCAAAUCGACAGCGUGGCCGCCAGCGAGGCCGCGCUCGACGCCAAGCUCGAGAGGAAGAGGGCUGAGCUCAUGAGAGCUGAGAAGAGGCUGCAUACCGUGCAGAAGAUCAAGCCAGCAUAUCAGGGUGAGCUGACAGCCUUGGAGGCAGAGAUCGAGCAGCUGUGGGAACAGUACGUGCUGCGGUACCGAUGCGUUGAGGCGCUGAAGCAUCAACUCAGUCUGCUCGAGACCGCACAGGCUGAGGCGGCUGAAGAACAACAAGCUGCUAUAAUGCAGCUCAUUCACAAAUAUGAAGCUGAAGAUGUUCUCGGCAAACUGAGUGAUUCUGAUGACUUGGAUUCGAGUGACGAAGAAAAGAAUGCGAGUGAGGUGAAGCAACCCAGACCGGCCACCAGACCUAAGACUAGGUUGAGGAUUAAAACUGCAGGUACAGCAGCAGCAGAAGCUCGUCGCGCAUUCGGCAGCAUGGCCGCACGCGACUCACUGGACGACAUCCGCGACGAGGACGACGACCGCUCCGACUCCGACCUCUCCGACCGACAGCUCUACGCCGACCUCUCGCUCUCCAGGAGGGGCGCGCCCAGCACUGAAGGUCGCAUGCUGUCCGCCGCUACUGCAUUUGGUGGUGGUGACGUGGCGUCCCGCUGGUCUCGCGCGCGGCCGCGUCCUGCGACUCGGACGCUCGCUGUCACUGAUGACGACGACUUCGCUGAUCUCAUCGAAGGAGUGGAGAGUGGAGAAGGUGGCGACGGCGGUGACGGUGACUCUCUGGGCAGUUCCUCAGAGAGUGAGCUCCGCGUCACCAGCGCCCGGCCCAGCGCCGCACCCGGCCGUGCCUCCGCUCUCAGCGAUAACGAGUUCUAAACCUUAUAGCUAUAGCCUUAAGGUGUAUAACUGUUUGUAGCACUUGUGAUGUUUUGGAAUUGUUGCGUAAUACAUGCGAUGAAAUUGCUUGUGAA